AUGCCGGUGCCAGCGAGCGGCGGCGGGGACCACCUCCGCGGCCACGCGCACCUGACCAACUGCAGCCACCUGCGCCACCACCACGGGCCGCACGGCGCGUCCGGGCGGAGGCGCAGCCCGACGGGGUCCUCGGCGUCGGCCGCGCUGAUGCGGAACCUCCUGGCCCUGCAGCGCUCGCGCUCGCUGUGGGACCCCUCCACCCGCCGCUCCGUCGACUCCGCCCCCUCCAACAACAACAGGGUCGCCGCCGACCCGGACGCCGACCACCCCCGCGGCAGCGGCGGCGCGCUCAAGACGCUCCUCGACCAGCUCACGGAGAACCCGCAGCCCAAGCAGGGCCGCCGGCCCCGGCGCCGGUUCAAGCGAGGGGCCUCCCGCCGCGCCGCCGCGGCCGCCUUAGAUCGCCGCGCCGCUGCGCCCCGCGUCUCCGUCAACUCCAGCUCCCAGGAGGCCGUCUGCGGCAACAGGUACCUCUUCGGCGCCGGCGGAGCCGCCGACGGCGACGGCGGCGGUGACGAGCUGAUGCAGCAGCAGGUGUCGCAGGAGUCGCGCAACGUGUGCGGCAUCCCAUGGAACUGGUCGCGCAUCCACCACCGCGGCAAGUCCAUCCUCGACAUGGCCGGCCGGAGCCUCUCGUGCGGCCUGUCGGACCCCAAGCCGACGUCGGCGGCGCGGAGGUCCGAAGCCGCCACCUCCGCUGCCUCGUGCGGCCACGCCAACGGUUCGCGUUCGCACCCGCAUUUCCCGGUCACCGCGAGGCUCACUUCCUCGAGCAGUUCGGACUCCGACUCUCUGCCUCUGCUUGUCGACGGCAUACGCAACGCCGUCGACAUUUCUAGUAGCUUCUCUGGGGAGCUCGGGAUUUUCUCCAAGAGUAGCGAGCUGGACUCUGACCUCGCGUCCGAGGCACGGUCUGGGCAGAAGUCACGGGGCUCGCACCGUGUCCGACACCGGAGCUUGACACAGAAGUAUUCUCCAAGGACUUUCAAAGACGUCGUCGGGCAGAGCUUGGUGGUGCAGGCGCUGUCCAAUGCCAUUCUGAAGAAGAAGAUUGGGCUGGUGUAUGUCUUCUAUGGGCCACAUGGCACAGGCAAGACCUCGUGUGCCAGGGUAUUUGCAAAGGCUUUGAAUUGCCACUCAGCUGAGCACCCAAGGCCUUGUGAUUCAUGUGCCUCUUGUAUUGCACACAAUCUGGGCAAGAGUAGGAGUUUGUUAGAGAUUGGACCGGUUGGUAAUAUAGACCUUGAUAGCAUUGUGGAUAUCCUUGACAAUGUGAUGCUCUCGCUGGUGCCAUCCCAGCACAGGGUGUUUAUAAUCGAUGACUGCAACACAUUGCCGCCUGAUACAUGGAGUGUCAUAUCUAAGGUCGUCGAACGGGCACGUAGGCGUGUGGUUUUUAUUCUCAUUAGCCCCAGUCUUGAUCUCCCUCAUAUAAUCGUGUCGAGGUGCCAAAAGUUCUUUUUCCCCAAACUAAAGGAGUGCGACAUUAUCAACACUUUGCAGUGGAUUUCUACUAGUGAAGGCCUGGAUGUUGAUAGAGAUGCAUUGAAACUUAUUGCUUCCCGGUCAGAUGGGUCACUGAGGGAUGCCGAGAUGACUCUGGAUCAACUCAGUUUGCUUGGGCAGAGAAUUUCGAUGUCACUUGUUCAAGAACUUGUUGGCUUGGUUUCUGAUGAUAAAUUGGUUGAUUUGCUUGAUUUAGCUCUAUCUGCUGACACAGUGAACACAGUGAAAACCUUGCGAGAUAUCACAGAAACAGGUGUUGAGCCACUGGCCCUGAUGUCUCAACUUGCUACAAUAAUCACUGACAUCCUUGCUGGCACCUAUACAUUCACACGAGAAAGAGUUCGGAGAAAAUUCUUCAAACGUCCAACCUUAUCAAAGGAUGAUAUGGAAAAGCUACGCCAAGCCUUGAAAACACUCUCUGAAGCUGAAAAACAGCUGAGAGUCUCUAAUGACAAGAUGACAUGGCUUACAGCUGCUCUUCUUCAGCUUGCACCUGAUAAACAAUAUGUAUUGCCGAGUUCAUCCCCGAGUACAAGUCUUAAUCAGGGUCUGUUUACCCGCCCCAAGGGAGACAUAGCAAGGAGCUCUGCUAUGGAUCAUAGUGAUAUAUAUGCUGGUGCCCAUGGCUUGGCAAGAGCAUCUGACCUUGGAAAUCAGCAGUACAGAGAUGCUAAUCUGGUGGCUGGUUCCAGCAGCAACAUGGCAAGCAAUUACCAUGCUGGAAAGAGACCUGGGGAACAUACUCCAGACAGCCAUGUAUUGCCAACGGGUGCUACCAGAGUAAAUGAAGGAUCUAGGUAUGGCAAAACUGAUAGUGACAUGAUUUGGCAGGCUGUGCUAGAGAAUGUUCAGUCAGACUCAUUAAGAAGAUUGUUAGCUAGAGAGGGUCGACUGAUAUCCGUCAGCCUAGGCACAGCUCCAACUGUACAAUUAAUAUUCAGCUCUCAAGUAAAUAAGUCUAAAGCCGAGAAGUAUAGGGGCCAAAUUCUGCAGGCAUUUGAAUCUGUUCUUUCUUCCACCAUAAUACUUGAAAUCCGAUAUGAAUCAAAGGAUGAUCUGGCAGCAGGCCAUGCUCCAGUUAUUACUCCCUACCCUGAGGAUGGUUCCUCAAAUCUGGUAUUAAGGAGGUCUUUUACUAAACAUAGUUCAGUUUCUUCAGGAGGCGAGAACUUAAUUAGGAGGCUUCAGAAAGAUAGUGUGGUCCAGGUUGGUAGCUCAAAUCAGACACGAUGGAUGCAAUCUGAUCCACAUAUAUUGACCGAAGGCGAAAUUAUUGAAAUUGGAUCUCAAAUGGACUGGCGUGCUGAACCAGAUAGUGGCAUUGUUAUGGCAAACAGAAGACAAGAGACUGUCUCGGGAGAAGGUUUGUCAUCACAGAAUCAAGAAAUUUCACAAGGAGGAAAAAUGGUGAAUAAUGGAGAUAGUCAACAAAAGAACAUUGUGAGAGGCAAGGUAUCUCUUGCUCAUGUUAUUAACCAGGCGGAAGCUUGUUCCCAACAAGGUGGCUGGUCUAGACACAAAGCUAUAUCAAUUGCAGAAAAGCUGGAGCAAGAUAAUUUGAGAUUGGAGCCUAGAUCCAGUUUGCUUUGUUGGAAAGCUUCAAGCACUUCUAGACGGAAGAUGUCUGCACUGAAGAUCAGGACACGAAGGUCGCGAGCUUUAUCAAGGCUCGCCUUGUGCGGAAGGUGUAUUUCAAUCCAUAGCUGCCAAGGUCUCCUCCAACGAUUCGAGCGGAUCCAGCGACCUCAAGUGAUAGAUUCGGCGACCAACGACGGCGAGCAAGGAUUAUGGCUCCAUGGACUCUUUAACUCAGUAGUAAUGGAGCUGCAGCGACUGUGCCCCCAGUCCCUGGACGGCUUCUUCUUCCGCACCAUACCCCACGGCCGCUCCUGGUCCGUCCGCCACUUCGUCAACGCGUCGGGGAGAGGCCCGCCCAUGGUGAACCCUUCCCUGUCGUUCAUGCCCCCCGGCUACUCUCGUGCGGGCAUACUCGACUCGUGCAAUGGACUUCUGCUGUGCAGAUGCGACGACAUCCACCCCGAGGUCAUAUAUACCUACUUUGUCUGCAAUCCGGCGACGGAGAAGUGGAUCGGUUUGCCGGACCUAGAAGUGACAGAGAGAAUGUUCUCUUUCCGCCCCUUCCGCUUGGGCUUCGAUCUAGCCGUGUCCUCCUCCCACUUCAGAGUGUUCGUGCUCGAGAGCGACCCACGCCCCCCAAUAACCUGGGAUCAAGCGACGAUAGGAGUGGAGAUCUUCUCGUCGGAAACCAGAGCGUGGUCAUACAGGCAGAGCGAGUGGGGUGAUGGCAAUGGGGCCGUGGUAGGUUGGGAUUCCGUCUUCUUCAAGGGAACCGUCCAUUUGACAAGCCCUGGUUCCUCCUCAUUGCUCACGGUGGGCAUGGACGGGAUGGCUUGGGGAAGAAUCCCCACUCCGCAUGAUUUUGGCUUCAUUGGCGUCUCUCAAGGACGCUUGCAUGCUGUGCACAGAUGGGAUAAUGGACGUGACGACGACCACGAAUCUAUCAGCAUCUGGGUUCUUGAGGAUUAUGUAGGACAACAAUGGACCCUGAAGCAUGCAGUCACUGUAAUGGAAAUGUUUGGAGCACGCCCUAGAAGCUUUGGGAACUCUUACUCCUUCAUUGUGCAUGCAGUUCAUCCGGAACAUGACGUGAUCUUCCUGACGGCAGGCAAGCUAAGAAGAAAGUGCGUUUUAUCUGGACUCUUGGAAAGAGCAAUCUGUCUACACAGCCUUACGUGCCUUGCUUCUCACAUUGGCUGUCAGACGGACAUUAGAGUUGUCAUCACAUAG